AUGAAGCUUCCCAUCACCAUUAUCAGCAUGCUCGCCCUCUCCUCCGCGCUGACCCUCACCCCGCGAGCCGCGGAAGGCGACCCCGUCGUCGAAUGCGGCGACCUCGACGUCAUGACCGUCGACCCGCCGACCUCCCCGCGGGCGUCGCCCCUAGCGACAUCCCACGGUGGACACAGACACCAGCCCCGUGGAGGCUCGUUCGGACGGCCUCGGCGCCCUACGGGAGCGGGCGUGCUACAAGGACGCGCCGUAUGGGUGCUCUGGUGGGUAUUACUGGAAGGCCUGCGGAAACACGAACAAGGGCGAGUGGUGCUGGACAGCGGCGAAGGCCGGGUUGGGCGCUUGGAUUAA